AUGAUGAUAGUUCCCUCCCUUCUCUCGCUUCUUCUCCUUGCGGAUGGAGCCUCUGCCUUUUCUUCUUCUCUUCCCCCAUCCUCUUCCACGGCUCUUUCCUUGUCCCAACGGUCCUCUGCUUCCUCCCUACUAAGAGCCUCUUCCGUUUUGGAUGACAUUACAACCCAGAAUAGUAGCCCUGGCAAUGGUGAUGAUGAUGGCGAUGAUGAUGACAACGAUUGGUGGCACCGACUACAAGUCUUGUCCGACGGGUUUCAGGAACAAUCUGGUCGCAUCCUCUUCCACGAGAAGGAACUGAUCCGACACGAUGAAGAUCUCGCCGUGGCAUUGAAACAAGAACAUCACGUCGACUUUACCGUCCCAUCGAAUUGGCACGACGCCAUGGCACAGUUUACUCGUCAACCGCAGACUCAAGUCUUGUUGGGAGCUACCCUCGUGUCCAUGAUCGUGCGCCUCGUCGUGUGGCCAUGGGUCGGUGUGAGUGAUGUGGCAGCCGUGGUCUUGACCCCACUGGCUUAUCAAUUGCAAGAGUACGGAUAUCAUCGUCGCAAUUAUCACGGCAAUGACCGCGG